CCGCUCAGACGCGGCCCAGCGCGGCCGCCCCGCAGCCCGCGAUGCCCUGGGACCGCCGGGCGUGCCGGCCACGCCGCGGGGCAUGGUGAGCCCGGGGCGGCCGUUCCCCGCAGGGAUCCGGCGGGCGGCCUUGCUGCUCCGCCCUAGCCUCCUCCUUCUCCUGCUGCUGCUGCGGAGUACCGAGGCGCAGAAAGGUGACGGGUGUGGACACACUGUGCUGGGCCCUGAGAGCGGGACCCUGGCCUCCAUAAACUACCCCCAGACCUCUCCCAAUAGCACUGUGUGUGAGUGGGAAAUUCGUGUGAAGCCUGGGCAGCGAGUUCAGAUCAAGUUUGGUGAUUUUGAUAUUGAUGACUCCGAUUCCUGUCAUUCCAGUUACCUGAGAGUUCAUAAUGGCAUUGGCCCUAACAGGACAGAAAUAGGAAAAUACUGUGGGUUUGGCUUUCAAAUGGAUGGUUUAAUUACUUCAAAAAGUAAUGAAGUCACAGUACAGUUCAUGAGUGGAAUUCACACUUCUGGGCGUGGAUUUCUUGCAGCUUAUUCAACCACUGGCAAAUCAGACUUAAUUACCUGUUUAGACAAUGCAAGUCACUUUUCCGAACCAGAAUUCAAUAAGUAUUGUCCAGCUGGAUGUGUGAUUCCUUUUGCUGAUAUUUCAGGCACUAUUCCUCAUGGAUACAGAGAUUCAUCAUCACUUUGUAUGGCCGGUGUUCACGCAGGUGUCGUGUCAGAUACUCUGGGUGGUCAAAUUAAUGUUGUAAUCAGCAAAGGGAUUCCAUACUAUGAAGGCUCCCUGGCUAACAAUGUCACCUCAAAAGUGGGACCCUUGUCUACAAGUCUCUUCACCUUUAAGACAAGUGGUUGCUAUGGGACACUGGGGAUGGAGUCUGGGGUGAUUCCCGAUUCCCACAUCACAUCAUCAUCGAUUUUCGAGUGGCCUAACCGAACAGGACAAUUAAACGUUUGGAAACCUGAAAAUGCCAGACUAAAAAGGAUUGGACCUCCUUGGGCUGCUUUUAUCAGUGAUGAACAUCAGUGGUUGCAGAUUGACUUGAAUAAAGAAAAGAAAAUAACAGGUAUUAUAACUACUGGAUCAACUUUAUCAGAGCACUACUAUUAUGUCUCAGCCUACAGAAUUUUGUACAGUGAUGAUGCACAUAAGUGGACAGUGUACAGAGAACCUGGAAUGGGUAAAGAUAAGAUAUUUCAGGGGAAUACUGAAUUGUACCAGGAAGUUCGCAAUAAUUUCAUUCCACCUAUAAUUGCACGUUUUUUUAGGAUUAACCCCUUAAAAUGGCACCAGAAAAUUGCAAUGAAAGUAGAAUUACUAGGAUGUCAGUUUAGUAUAGGUCGUGCUCCUAAAAUCACUUUGCCACCAACACCUCAGAACAAGAAUUAUGAGAAGAAUGCUGACUUUGUGGAUGACUUCCUUCAUUCAAUGAAGACUUCGCUGCAGACAGAUAAAACAACUUUCACACCUGAAAUAAAAAACACUACAGUGACUCCAAGUGUAACCAAAGAUGUGGCAUUGGCAGCAGUUCUGGUUCCAGUGCUGGUGAUGAUCUUCACUACUCUGAUUCUUAUCUUAGUUUGUGCGUGGCAUUGGAGAAACCGCAAGAAAAAAACUGAGGACACAUAUGAUCUAUCUUACUGGGAUCGUGCAGGAUGGUGGAAGGGGAUGAAGCAGUUUUUCCCGAUCAAAUCAGCAGAACAUGAAGAAACUCCUGUGUGCUACAGCAGCAGUGAAAUCAGUCACCUGAGACCAAGAGAAGUCCCAACAAUGUUGCAAACAGAGUCUGCAGAAUAUGCUCAGCCUCUGGUAGGGGGAAUUGUGGGCACGCUUCACCAGAGAUCAACCUUCAAACCAGAGGAAGGAAAAGAAGCCAGUUACGCUGACUUGGACCCUUACAAUUCCCCGAUCCAAGAAGUUUACCACGCCUAUGCUGAGCCACUGCCCGUAACCGGACCUGAGUAUGCGACUCCAAUAAUCAUGGACAUGUCCAGCCAUCCCAGCACCCCUCUUGGGGCUCCUUCCAUUUCCACCUUCAAAGCUGCAGGGAAUCAAGCUCCUCCACUGGUUGGGAUGUGCAAUAAACUGUUAUCCAGGACAGACAGUGCAUCCUCAGCACAGGCACUGUACGAUAUACCAAAGGGGCAGCCGGGGCUGGGCAGUGCCGACCAACUCGUGUACCAGGUGCCGCAGAGCGUAGCCCAUCCCACUGUGAGUAAGGAUGAACAAAGUUAGCUCAUGAGUAAGGUAGAAUGAUGGCUUGUUUCUAAAAGCAGUUCCAUAAAGCUCACAAUUUCACUUUUUUAAUUCCAUUGUUUUGGUGUUGUUAGUCUUAAAUAAUACAACAUUGAACCAAAAGACGUGGUAUGGGAGGUCUGGGAAAGCUCUAAUUCUGCUUUUCCUGAAGCUGUAUGGACAAUUAAGAGCUUGUCUCCUGCAAAACAGUGGACUUUUUAAUUACUGCUGUACAAAUGUCUGUCAGACAUGAGAGAAGAACUCUUCAUGAUUAGCUCCAGUAAUUCAUAGAUGUGAGUGAUAAAUUAGGGGAAACAGUUUAAGUACAAAAGCCAGUUAUUUCUUCCUAAUGGUACUAUUUUGGGGGGCGGGGGGAAGCCCACCUCAGUACCCAAAGCUCUUAAUUUCUGUUGCAAGCACUACAGCUUCUAAAAUUCCUCUUUUCAUUGUAAAAUGUCUGCACAGCUUUGGACUUAACAAGCUGCUAUCAGGACUAAUGGCAAAAAUCCCUUUAGCUUUGUGGCAUAAAAUAGUUUUGAUUCUGAAUUACAUUAUUUCAGCUUUUGUUAACAGAAUUGGCAAUUUUCAGCUAGCUGUGUGUUCCUCAGAACGUUCCUGCUUUUUUGGUUAGGUUAGCCUUCCAAACCUAGAGGCUGCUUUCUUGUAUAAUCUCUUUUCUGCCUCUUCACCUUAAGCCUCUCAGUCAUAUUUCUUCCUAGGGAUCCAGGAAGCCCAGACUGAGAAAGCAAACUACUUGGGAACUGCUUUUACAUUUUUCCCUUGUGCUUGUGAGGGCCACUUGAAUAUCAUCUGCCUCCAAGUCAGACUUCCCUGAUGAUCAGUUCAAGACGCAUUCAGGUCUUGGAGGUGACUUGAACUGAGAAAGGCCCUGCCCUGUCCUCCCCCAGAGUGUCCAUUUUUCUGUGUUCAGGUGUGAGCUUAAACAAAAAAAGAUCUGUACAUACUUCUGUGAGUGCGUAAGGAAGCACACAAAUAUUCUAAUGGUGCACAGUUUGUGUUAGACAUGCAUUUAGCACAUAUGGUAUGUUUUAGCACAACUGCCAAAUUUUUUUAUGAUCGUUCUUAUUAGAAACAUGAAAGAUUCCAAAACCUUUGCAAAUGAAUGAGUACUAUUCCAAAGAGUGUCCAUUUCAAACUUAUUUAUUGGAAUUUGUAUCCUUUGAAUGUUCCAGUGUUCUGUACUAUGAAAACAUUGCAGUCAGUCAUUUACUGGGGUAAUGUAGACUCAUUUAGCUAGGUUAUCACAAAAUAAAAACAGUCUGAAUGGCAUAUUUGCCAUUUUUUAUCUUGUUAAAAAAAAACCCCAUGGCUUUCUCACCUAAGUAGGAGAACACCCCACUAUGAAAAUUUUUAUUCUAACAGCACAAUUGGAAGGAUGUUGAAUCAACCCAUACAUGUGGACCCUCUCCCUACACAGUAGGAAGUCCAGUUUUAUGGACUUCAGGUGUUAUUGUUUGUUUGUGAUGAAAUUUAAAGCCUUGUUUACUGCCCAGGUCCUUAAAUGCUGUGGACGACGUCUGAAUGGAAGCUGCAAUGCUGUUCAAGGGGCUGCCACCAUGCUUUAUCACCAGUAAAGUUUCAUCACUUACCCCUGAAAAUCUGUUUGUAGAGGGGCUGUGUAUAAACUCUGGAGUCAAAAAUCACUUGUGGCCUGUUCAGCAUCUAAAAUAGAUUCUACACACCUGGAUUUGAUUUUUACUGCAGACCAAGAAUGGUAGAACUGUGGAUAGCUAAAGGCUAAGGUGGUGUAAGAAUUAUGCAGUUUCUGUACAGUGGGUUAUUUUUUAAGCAAAUAGAAUGCAGUUUCAUUAUCUGAGGAGCAUAAGCUGUUAAAGAAAUGGAUGUUUUUAAAAUUUAAGCCCCUUUUUGGAAGGAAUUUGGUCCCAAGCUUUGGUCCUGCUUCAGACUUUGAACAUGUUAUCUACUAGGGCUAAGAUACAUUUUAAUAUGUAACAGUUGUGUUUAAAUUGCAUGGCACACUAAGACUAGAAUUUCCCUGUAUAUAAUAACGCAAAUGUGCAUUUCAUGGGUCUGUUAUAUGUGAAGACGUGUAUACCAAAUGUAUUUCAGUAUUGUUUGGCUUGAGUAUUCUCCCAGAAUGUAUGUUCUUACCUCAGCAUGUAUUGUAGUUGCUCAGUAUUUGUAUAUGUUGCUAGGACUUAGACUGUAUAAAUAGUGAGGGGGUUUUAUAUGUUAAAAAGUAUUUUAAAUAAAUUGUACAUACAUAUUA